UUGUCAAGCACCAUGCGCAGCGCAACUCUUUGUCUCCUGCUCCUCGUUGCAGCUAGCUGCCUGAUCAGCUCGAGUGCCGAAGCGGCAACAGCCGAACGGGCUAACUUCGACGAGGUGGACUUGGCCAAUUUGAUUGAUGAGCUAGAUGACGAUUAUGUCGACGUUGAGGAGUCCAGCUUUAUCAGUUCGGUGCGGGACGCCCUCAAGGUGGCGCUGAAAACACUGCGCGGCGCCAAUUGCACCGUAAAGAAGGUGGCCGAUAUAUUGAUCGCGACUACUAAUUAUGUGGAUACCAUCGAUGCUUGCGGUGUGACCGUGACCAAAGAUGUGGCUGCCAUUGUCAAGUCCUGCAAGAACAUCAUCGCCAUCUGCAAUGACAUCAUCCAUCUGCACAGCAAGUUGUGCGCCACCGAUGAGGCCAAGGCCAAUGCGUUGUCCUCCAGGCACUGCUCCUGGCAGCUCUACAAAACCGUGCGCAGGCUGAGCUCGACGAUCAGAGCCACCAGGAAACAGAUUGCCAAGCUGCCCGCUGACACCAGCUCCUGCUAUGUCAAUGCCACCAACGAUGUUAAGGCCAGCUACGAUCAGUUCGUGCCCAAUAUCAAUGCGUGCUUUGAAUAAGUCCAAACGCAUAUGACAUAUAUUUACGUAAAAUAUAUACAUUAUAAAACUUGUUCGCAAAUAGCAACAAAAUAAAUAUGUUUAUAAUCUACCCAAGCAAUUUAUUGUUUUAUUGCGAAAUUGGUGCUCAUGAUUGCGCUUUGUACGU